CAUUGGCUCUCCCUUAUCAUUUGGAGAGUAUGCUUUUUGCACCAUACAAAACCAUGAGGAGCACCAAAACAUAAGGAAUAAAAGACUUGAUUCCGAUGGUGAAAUAUAUAUGUUAACAUGGGAAGACUACAAAUCGAUGUCAUUUACACAGAAUGUUAUCGAUGAAACUCUUCGCUUAGGUGGGAUAGCAAUUUGGUUGAUGAGGGAGGCAAAAGAAGAUGUUGAAUAUCAAGAUUACGUUAUCCCCAAAGGAAGCUUUGUGGUUCCAUUUCUUUCGGCAAUUCAUCAAGACGAAAACUUUCAUGAAAAGGCAAAUAUUUUUAAUCCUUGGAGAUGGAUGGAUCCCCAAAACCAUGACAAGAGAAAUUGGAGAACUAGUCCAUUUUAUUCACCAUUUGGAGGAGGAGCUCGUUUGUGUCCUGGGGCAGAGUUGGCACGACUUCAAAUCGCCCUCUUUUUACAUUACUUUGUUAUUUCUUACAGGUGGACCCAAGUUAAGGAGGAUAGAAUGUCAUUUUUCCCAUCUGCAAGAUGGUUAAUGGAUUUCCAAUCCAACUAACUAAAAUUAAUUUGGCAUCCUCUAUGUAAAUGUGUCUACGUGGAUAUAUAUAUAUAUAUAUAAAGGAAGAGAACC